AUGGCAACCGAGCUGGACGCCGAGAUGCUGCCGACGCUGCGCGCACGGAUCUUUGAUGUGCUCAAGGAUGCUGACUUGUCUUCUGUGUCUGCCAAGAAGAUCCGCACGGAGAUGGCAGCGAUGCCGGAGGGCAGUCUGCCGGCAGGUCUGGACCUCACGGCGCAGAAGAAGGCGAUUGAUGCAGUGAUUCGGCAGUGCUAUGAGGAGUUCACGUCGAAGAAAAAGCCGAGUGCCAAGACGAAGAAGAGCGCAGAGCCCAAGGCGAAGGACGAGAAGAAGACGAAAAAGCGUACCGGAGCCGGCGACACGGAGGGCGAGCCGAAGAAGAAGCGUGUAGCGAGCGAGAACAGUCCGUUGAAGCGACCCAUGAAGCUCUCCGCGGAGAUGGCCGAGGUAUGUGGUGACUCCGAGAUGCCCCGCUACGAGGUUGUGAAGCGGCUAUGGGUGUACAUUAAGGACAAGAACCUGCAGAACGAUAGCAACAAGCGUCAGAUUCUGUGCGACGAGAAGCUCACUGGCCUCUUUGGAAAGUCGGCAAUUGAGUGCGUAGCAUGA